CACCCCAAAGUGAGGAGAAUGAGUCGUUCGGAGGGUCUGAGGGCCGACUCAUCUCAGUUCACUCUGAAGGGAGAGUCCUUUUGCAUCCUGGGAGGCUCCAUCCAUUAUUUCCGUGUCCCCAGAGCCUAUUGGGAGGAUAGGCUGCUGAAGAUGAAGGCCUGUGGCCUCAAUACCCUCACAACAUAUGUGCCAUGGAACCUGCAUGAGCCUGAGAGGGGAACGUUCAACUUUCAGGAUCAGCUGGACCUCAGGGCCUAUAUCAGUUUAGCAGCAGAGAUGGGUCUCUGGGUCAUCCUGCGGCCUGGACCUUACAUCUGCGCUGAAUGGGACUUGGGCGGGUUGCCUAGCUGGUUGUUACAGGAUAAAGACAUGCAGUUGAGGACAAUUUAUCCUGGAUUUGUAGAUGCUGUCAACCUCUACUUUGACAAGCUUGUCUCAGUUGUCAAACCUCUGAUGUUUGAAGAGGGAGGCCCAAUCAUUGCAGUGCAAGUUGAGAACGAGUAUGGAUCGUAUGCAAAAGAUGAGAAAUACAUGCCAUUUAUAAAGAACUGUCUCCAGUCCAGAGGGAUCAAUGAGCUCCUGCUGACUUCAGACAACUGGGAGGGCUUGAGAUAUGGAGGAGCGGAGGGAGUUCUAAAAACAAUAAACCUUCAGAGACUGUCAUUUGGAGCCAUCCAACACUUGGCUGACAUGCAGCCCCAGAAACCUCUAAUGGUGAUGGAGUAUUGGUCUGGGUGGUUUGAUGUCUGGGGUGAGCACCACCACGUGUUCCAUGCUGAGGACAUGCUGGCUGUGGUGUCAGAGAUCCUACAGAGAGGUGUCUCCAUCAAUCUGUACAUGUUUCAUGGUGGAACCAGCUUUGGCUUCAUGAACGGAGCAAUGGACUUUGGCACCUACAAACCUCAGGUCACCAGUUAUGAUUAUGAUGCUCCCUUGUCUGAGGCUGGAGACUGCACCCCAAAAUACCAGCUGUUGAGGAAUUUAUUCAGCCAGUACCACUCUGGGCCUCUUCCUGAAGUGCCCUCUCCUCAGGUGAGGAGAGCAUACGACCCGGUUGUCAUCCAGCAGCACCUGUCACUGUGGGACAGCCUGCACUUCACCGACAAGCCAUACAGGUCAGAGAGGCCAGUGAACAUGGAGAAUCUACCUGUCAACAAUAACAAUGGUCAGUCAUAUGGUUACACACUGUAUGAAACCACCAUCAGCAGUGGAGGAAACCUCAACUCCAGGAACAACAUCAGAGACAGAGCACUGGUUUUUGUGGACAGGCAAUGUGUUGGUAGUUUGGACUACAAGACUCAUGAGCUGACUCUUCCCGAAGGAAAGGGGGAGAGGAUGUUGAGUUUACUUGUGGAGAACUGUGGAAGAGUGAACUACGGGAAAGUUCUGGAUGAGCAGCGCAAAGGUAUUGUGGGAGACAUUCUGUUGAAUCACUCCCCUCUGAGAGGAUUUACUAUCUUCUGCUUAGAUAUGAAGCCAGGCUUUAUGAAAAGAUUAGUAAAUUCAGGUAAUUGGAAGUCUGACUUCAGGUCGCCCUCCAUUCCAGGGUUUUUCCAGGCCAGACUCCAUGUGGAUGGGCCCCCCAGAGACACCUUCAUCAGACUCCCUGGAUGGGGUAAAGGAGCUGUGUUUGUCAAUGGGCAGAACCUUGGACGGCAUUGGUUCAUCGGUCCUCAGCAGUUCCUUUACCUCCCAGGACCUUGGCUCAGGAGUGGAGAGAAUCAGAUCAUCGUUUUUGAAGAACAAAAAGCGGAUGACAAAAUACUGUUUGCUGAAAAUCCUGAUCAUGGAAAGACAAUUGAUGUUUACAAACUCCCAUUUUGCACACUGCUGUGA